AUGUCUGUGUCCACGGGACAGCUAUUGACCCUGUUUCUAAUUCUCGGCGCGUUUUGCACUGAGGCGAUCUACAAUGAAGCGUGCGAUGCCGUGCCGAAUCCGAGUCGUCUGGAUUGUCAUCCUGAGCCGAUGGCCACCGAAGCUGAGUGCCUUCGUCGCAACUGCUGUUGGAGCCUCGUCGACAGGGAUCGGACGAUAGCCUGUUACUUCCCCGCCGACUACCCCACCUACGAGGUAGUCGGUGGCAUUCGAAAGGAGGCGUGCGGGUUUUCGGUGACGGCAAAGCGAUCUGCUGGCGCUUACUCAGCCGUACCAAAUCCAAUUAACGAGGUCAAAUUAAGUGUUGUUUACGAAACGGACACCAGGGUUCGCAUUCGCAUCACUGACCCCAACGCGAAACGCUGGGAGCCUCCAGUGGAACUGGGUCCACCUGACAAGGUGUGUCCCGAGAAGAGGAAUUACGAGGUCGGUGUUGACGAGGUAAAAAUGGGUUUCAAUGUCUCCCGUGUGAAAAGCAAUGGCGAAAGAGUAGUUCUAGUCGAUUCUACAGGUUUGAUGGCCAACGCCUUUGUCUACGCUGACCAAUUUCUCCAGGUUGCUUUCAAAGUGCGCGCCGUCCACGGAUACGGACUGGGGGAGAGAGAGGACACCUUCCCGAUGGACAUGCACGACUGGAAGCGAAUGAGCUUCUGGUCGCGAGACGACAUUCCUCGUAGAGACGCGAACCUCUACGGCGUGCACAACUUCUUCCUCGGCCUCUCACCGGAUGGAACGGCCUUCGGUUUCUUCUUCCUCAACAGCAAUGCAUUUGAAGUCAUGAAACAGCCGCUACCCUCGUUCGCCUUCCGUACAAUCGGUGGAAUCCUUGAAUUCUUCUUCUUCGUUGGUCCAAGCCCGAACGACGUGGUCUCGCAGUACUACGCACUCAUCGGAUAUCCGCCCGUUCCACCCUACUGGGCUCUUGGCUACCAACUAAGUCGCUAUGGUUACACUGGUGUUGAAGACAUACGGGCCACAGUUGAGAGGAACCGAAAGGCAAAUAUCCCUCAGGAUGUUCAGUGGUUAGACAUUGACUAUAUGGAUCGCGCCCGCGAUUGGACCAUCUCGCAGAAGGAGGAGUUUAAGGGAUUGGCAGAGUUCGUGGAUAAGGAGCUACGUGAAAAGCGCGGCUUGCGGAUAGUGAUUAUUGUGGAUCCAGGGAUCGCUAUAAAAUCGGAGGACAAGUACCUGCCUUAUCAAACCGGAUUAGAGGCUGGUGUCUUUAUUAAUGACAGCCGAACCGGAUCACCCUUUAUUGGUUUAGUGUGGCCGGGUGAAACUGCCUUCCCCGACUUCACCAAGAACGCAACCGCAGAAUGGUGGUAUCAGUGUGCAAAAGACUUCCUCCAUACACUUUCGUACGAUGGUCUUUGGAUUGACAUGAACGAGCCAGCAAAUUUUUACGACGGUUCAAGCCAGGGCUGUGACCGUUCUAACCGCCUCGACUAUCCCCCCUACAGUCCACAAGUGGUGGGAGGCAGUCUCUUUUCACGAACAGUUUGUCCUUCGGCUCUUCAUUCCAACGGCAUCCCACAUUAUAACUUGCACAACAUGUAUGCGCUGUGCGAGGCCAAAGCCACGCGGAUGGCCCUUCAACGCAUCUUCCCUGGAAAGCGACCCUUCGUACUCACUCGUGCCUCGUUUGCCGGUUCUGGAAGGUACACUGCGCACUGGUCAGGCGACAUACGGUCCACCUGGAGCUCCAUGGCAGAGACGAUUCCACAGAUGAUCAACUUUAACCUCUUCGGUAUCCCCAUGUUCGGAGCGGACAUCUGCGGUUUCGUGGAUGAGGUGACAGAGGAGCUGUGUGUUCGAUGGAGUCAACUGGGAGCCUUUUACCCCUUUUCGCGGAACCACAACGCCAUCGGAAUGCGAGCCCAGGACCCCGCGAGUUGGUCAGAGCCCGCCCAGGAAGCCAUCGCGAAGGCUCUAGAGAUGCGCUAUCAACUUUUGCCCUACAUGUACACCCUGCUUCACCGUGCUAGAAGCCACGGCAGGUUGGUGGUGAAAGCCCUUGCCUUCGAUUACCCCACUGACCUAGCAACGCACCACAACGCUAGACAGUUCCUCCUAGGUUCCUGUCUCAAUGUUGCGCCUGUCCUAGCCGAAGGAAUGGACUUCACACCCCUCUACCUUCCAGAGGGCGAAUGGGUUGAAUUCUCCAACCUGAAACGCUACAUCUCCAAUGGGAAGUUCUAUCCUGUUCCCGCACCUCUUGAUAAGAUACCAGUAUUUUACAAAGCUGGUUGCAUCCUUCCUAUGCACCCUCCAGGUGCGCUGAGCACGAAUCAAUCCCGGGCAAUGGGUGUUGGUGUCACAGCUGUUUUACUCAACGGGAGUGCAUGUGGGGAGCUCGUGUGGGAUGAUGGAGAGACGGAGGACGGUGGGGAGCUGCACGUGUCUUUCAGUGUCUCACAGCAGAGACUGACAUCAACAGCGAGUGGGGUCAAGGGUGCACGAGGCAAGUUCACGGAGACAGUCCCGCUAGCUUUCAUUCGGCUGAUUGGUGUGGGUCGCAAGCCAUCCAAUGUCAGCCUCAACGGAACAGAAGUGGAAUUUGAGUUCGACGUCGGCAGACAGUACCUCAGCGUCACAAAGUUCAAGUCCACCGUCGACUUGCAGCGCACCUGGCAGCUCACAUGGAGCUGA